AUGUUUCACUGGAGCAAGUGGAAGAAGAGGAUGGGAGCGAACAGUUCUUCAAAAAGACCGGUCUUUGAUGAGAAAGAAGAUGUUUCAUUUGAUAGCAUUCACCUGUACCGUGCAGUGGGAAAGGGGCCUUAGGGAAGAGUAUGCAUUGUUCAAAAACGGGACACGGAGAAGAUGUACGCCAUGAAGUACAUGAACAAACAGCAGUGCAUUGAGCGAGAUGAGGUCCGAAACGUCUUUAGAGAGCUUGAGAUCCUACAGGAAAUUGAACAUGUUUUUUUAGUAAAUCUCUGGUACUCCUUCCAGGAUGAAGAAGACAUGUUCAUGGUGGUGGAUCUCCUGUUGGGAGGAGAUCUGCGUUACCACCUCCAGCAAAGCGUCCAGUUCAAUGAGGACGCUGUCAGACUGUACCUGUGUGAGAUGACCCUGGCCCUGGACUACCUGCAGAGCCAGCACAUCAUCCACAGAGAUGUCAAGCCAGACAACAUCCUGUUGGAUGAACAAGGUCACGCCCAUCUGACAGACUUCAACAUUGCAACAAUAAUCAAGGAUGGAGAGAGAGCCACGGCCUUAGCUGGAACCAAGCCCUAUAUGGCCCCGGAAAUCUUCCAAUCCUUUGUGAGCGGAGGGACGGGCUACGCCUUUGAGGUGGACUGGUGGUCGCUGGGGGUGACCGUCUUCGAAGUGCUGCGAGGAUGGAGGCCCUAUGACAUCCAUGCCAGUAACUCGGUGGAGUCCCUAAUGCAGCUCUUCAGUACAGUCAGCGUCCAGUACAGCCCGGCCUGGCCCAAGGAUCUGGUUUCUCUGCUGAGGAAGCUAUUGACAGUGAACCCAGCGCAUCGUUUUUCCAGCCUGUCUCACAUGCAGACAUCUCCCUACCUCGCUGACAUCAACUGGGAUGCGGUGUAUGAAAAAAAAAUGGAAGCCGGAUUUGUCCCCAACAAAGGUCGCCUCCACUGCGACCCCACGUUUGAGCUGGAGGAGAUGAUCCUGGAGUCGCGUCCGCUCCACAAGAAGAAGAAGAGGCUGGCCAAGAACAGGUCCCGAGACAACAGCAAGGAUUCGCAGUCGGAGAAUGACUACCUACAGGAGUGCCUUGAAGUGGUGCAGCAAGAGUUCAUGAUCUUCAACCGUGAGAAGUUGAAAAAGCGACAGGAGGAGGGUCACCAGGAAGGUGGGGAGUGUGAGAGCAGCGAGGCAGGGGGAGACAACGCCAGCGGGGACGGGGACGGGGAUGCCGAGGGCGGCGGCACCGACGAUGACGACGGACCCGAGCAGGAGCCCGAUCCCGAGCCCGAGCCUGAGUCCUCCUCCAAACUUAGCAUGUGCGGUUCUGUCUGCUCCUCCCCAGGCAGCUGCUAGCACCACGGCUGCUGGCGGCGGCGGUCACAGCCUCUCCGGCUGCCGCUGUAUCUGUGCCCUUGUCUGUGCCCUGUCUACAGAUACUCUUCACCUCUCUCUCUCUCCUAUGCAGCCAGGAGCAGAGAGAAACACAGCAGGGCAGCCCAAGCAUCAACGCAUAGCAGGACCCAAAAUGGCUCCCUUAUUUUCCCUCUUCUGUAGCAUCCUCCUGGUAAGGCAUGAAUGAAGCUGUGAGCCUGCAGAUUCCAGAGCGGCCCUGCCACCCUUGCCUGCCCUAGAGCAAGCCCUUACUUCUAUGCAAAGUAUGGUAUAGCAUGAUACUAAUGUAUGACCCAAGGUGUUGUUCACUGGCAGAGCGCUUCAGGAGCAUGAUGACAUCCUGAGCAAUCAGGCUCUAUGGUUUCAGGGUGUUGGUCUUCGUGGAGAAGCCUUCCUUCCCAGCCUCCACGUUUCAAACUUUGAUGGGGAUUAUUGAAUUAUUUAGUAAACUAAGUCACUCCUAUUUUCUCUUGUACUAUAGCUUGUGUAUUCAGC